AAUACGCUGGACAGCGUCCCAUCAGCCGGAAACUGACAAGAAGAAGAAAGAAGUGCAUGGUAAGCUGUUGCCUGAAACGGAAUGUAUCAUCUGUCUUUUGCAGAUGGAUUUCUCGCGGUUGAUCUGGACUUGUGGCAGGACAGAGAUGAUUACAAGCAGAAGACUGUGAUGACUUUCGAGACCGCAGCCCACACUGCGGCGCCACCUCAGAGUCUGCAUGUGGACGCCCUUGGCUCCUCCCACAUGGCCAGUCACAGCGAGGAGCUGAGGAUCCUGUGCGUCUACGGAAAAGGGGAGGGCCCAAUGGCGCUGGACGGCCAUGACACCCUCUUCAAAGCGUCUGAAAUGGAGGCCCUGAACUCGCUGUCUGCGGACCACAGCAAGACCACGGGCCUGGAGCUCGGCGAUCGGUUGGUCCGCCGUGAGGAGCUGAGUGUGCAGCAGCAGACCCCAGACACCAUUUUAAUCAAGGUUGAAGAGGAUAUUGAUGGAGGCAUGCCCGCUGUAGAAGACUGUGAUGACUUUCGAGACCGCAGCCCACAGUGUGGCACCACCUCAGAGAGUCUGCAUGUGGACGCCCUUGGCUCCUCCCGCAUGGCCAGUCACAACGGGGAGCUGAGGAUCCUGAGUGUCUACGGAAAAGGGGAGGGCCCAAUGGCGCUGGACGGCCAUGACAACCUCUUCAACACGUCUGAAACGGAGGCCUUGAACUCGCUGUCUGCAGAACACAGCAAGGCCACGGGCCUGGAGCUCGGCGAUCGGUUGGUCCGCCGUGAGGAGCUGAGUGUGCAGCAGCAGACCCCAGACACCAUUUCAAUCAAGGUUGAAGAGGAUUUUGAUGGACGCAUGCCCGCUGUAGAAGACUGCAAAGACAUUAGAGACCGCAGCACACAGUGCGGGGCCCCCUCAGAGAGUCUGCAUGUGGAAGCCCCUGGCUCCUCCCACAUGUCCAGUCACAACGGGGAGCUGCACAUCCUGAGUGUCUACGGAAAAGGGGAGGGCCCACUGGCGGUGGACGGCCAUGACACCCUCUUCACUACGUCCAAAUUGGAGGCCUCGUGCUCGCUGUCUGCGGACCACAGCGUGGCCAAGAGCUUGGAGCGCGGCGAGCGCUUGGUCUGCCGCGAGGAGCCGAGUGUGCAGCAGCAGACCCUGGACACCAUUUCAAUCAAGGUUGAAGAGGUUAUUGGUGGAGGCAUGCCCGCUGUAGAGGACGGCGAUGACUUUGGAGACCGCAGCACACAGCGCGGCGCCACCUCAGAGAGUCUGCAUGUGGACGCCCCUGCCUCCCACAUGUCCAGUCCCAAUGGGGAGCUGACUGGGCAUCGGGGAGGCUGCAAGGGCCAGCCCUGUGACUUGUUUGGCAAGGGUUUUCCCGACAAUACCAAGAUGACCAUCCACAUGGGUACCCACACCAGCAAGAAGCCAUACGGGUGUGACCAAUGCAUGAAGCGCUUUCAAAGCAAAGGCUACCUGAAGAUCCACAUGAGGACUCACUCUGGGGAGAAGCCCUACAGGUGCGACCGAUGCUUGAAGAGAUUCGGACAGAAAGGCAACCUUGACAUCCACAUGAGGACUCACUCCGGGGAGAAGCCCUACAGGUGUGACCAAUGCAUGAAGCGCUUCGGACACAGCUCCAGCCUGAAGACCCACAUGAGGACUCAUUCCGGGGAGAAGCCCUUCAGCUGUGACCAAUGCGUGAAGCGCUUCAGUCAACGCUCCAACCUGACCCUCCACAUGAAGAUUCACUCCGGGGAGAAGCCCUACAGUUGUGACCAAUGCAUGAAGCGCUACAGUCAAAGCUCCAACCUGAAGCUCCACAUGAUGUCUCACUCCGGGGAGAAGCCCUACAGGUGUGACCAAUGCAUGAAGUGCUUCAGUCAAAACAUCAACCUGAAGAUCCACAUGAGGACUCACUCCAGAGAGAAGCCCUGCUUGUGUCUGCAGUGCGACGCCAGCUUCAGUGACCCGAGCAAUUUGCGUGUGCACAUGCUCAAGCACACGGGCAAAGGGGUGAUUUGACACUGGGCAACGGAACUGUUUGAUUGACACCUCUAUCCUGUAUUUGUUGAAAUGACUGCUGUAGGUUUUUGGCAUCAUGAUAAAGAUACUUUCCAAUUUUUGAUUCGCUUUCUGUUGUAAAUAAUUUAUGUCAGUAUGAUGAGAAAUAAGAAUAACCUUUUUUUGGACAUUUUUCUUUUUCACCCCGCACCGCUGGGUGGAAACAAGCAUUAUGGUGCGGUUCCAUUUGGAGUUGGUUGCACCACAUCUGGUUCUACGGGAGUUUGACUGACUGGGUUGCUAGGAAUCGCAACAUAGAGAAUCGAAGCAAAGAAUAUUUCGAAACUGAUCUUGCACUUACCCACUUACCAGAAACUGUCCAUACCUGCAGUAUGGACAGUUAUAGGAUCGUAAGGAGAUAUUCACUGAGUUUUUCUCUCUGUUUCAUAUUCUUGCCUCACACGUUCUAAACCAAUCUGUUUACACCUCUCAAUCUCUGCUGUUAAAAUGAAAGCCCUGCGGCCCCCCCAGGAGUCACAAGCCACAACUGGUGUAUUGUAGUAUAUACCUGUUUUAUUUUUUGUUGAUGCAUGUUGAGAUGUAUCUUUGUUUGUACUUUUAUUGCAAAUAUAUAUGACCAACGAUUGCCUACAAGUAUUGUGUGCUUUUGGCAUCUAAAUAUCUCAUCUGUCUUAGACGCAAACUCUGGUAGAGAAAUUGCCACGACACACAGCACACAGCGCGCCGCCACCUCAGAGAGUCUGCUUGUGGACGCCCCUGGCUCCUCCCACAUUUCCAGUCACAACGAGGAGCUGCGGAUCCUUGUGUCUACGGAAAAGGGGAGGGUGCACUGGCAGUCGACAGUCAUGAAACCCUCUUCACGUGUCAAACUGGAGGCCUUGAGCUCGCUGUCUGCGGACCGCAGCGUGGCCAAGAGCCUGGAGUACAGCGAGUGUGCAGGUUGGAAAUCUCAUUCCCCAUCCAAAAGAGAGGCCUCCUCUGUUACCACAGACCAAUAUAAAGCACACAUCUGUAUGACUCAAUGUGUUGUUAGUGGGGAAUGACAACCAGGGACGGCUGGUAUAAAUGGGCUAACAGGGCUAAGCCCUCCCUACCUUUUACAGUAAAAAUCAAAAAAUAUUAUUAAAAACCUUAGAACAUAUUGUUUUAUAUUUUGGUAGAACCUAAAGCAGCAACAGCACCAAAAAGUGACCGAAAAACCCAGGAUGUAUGAUAUAUCUUGGGUUUUUUCCUGUGAAUGGGCUAAAUGUAUUAUUGGAGCCUUGUAGAUCUAAAAUUCUUCCCAAACCAAAGCAUUUUCAUUAGGCCUCUUCUCUCCGACAGUUAUCCUAGAGGCUACCAGAUAUUUAAACUCUGCAA